CCCGUUUUUAGUGUAACAUUUGCAUUUGUUUCGCUUUGUCAGCGCUCGUGAUUUCAUUUACCCAAAAAUUUUAUUUCACUAAUUUGAAAAAAAAAAUGCUCUUUCAGGCUUAACAAGCCUUGGUGGUGAAAGCCAUGUAUCAGACUGCUUUUUUAGCUCGUGAAAAAGGGUUAAAUAUUGGCCGUUGGUUAAGCGAUUUUUGAGUCAACAACUUUAGAUAUUUCUUAAAAAAUCUCAUGUUGAUCAAAUCGCGAUCUAAUUAGUGAAAACUACAUAACGAACCAACUAGUCAACAAAACUAUAUAUGUCAUUUCAUUAAUUUAUGAAUAGCAAAUUUGUUCACACGUAAACACCUAAUGAUGGCACGCGCGACGUUUUACAAAUAUCCCAAAAGCACAAGUGGAAUACUGAUAACGAUAGACUAUAAGCAGCCAGUAGAAUGAACAAAAAUCACUUUCUGCUAGUGAUGGGGAUCAAGUUUUACUCCUGUUUUGUACGUUUCGGGAAGCAAGGCAAUAUCUUCAUUAAAGAAAUCACUGCAAACGCGAAAAGAAGAUCCGAAGACAAAUUAGUCACGAAGUUUAAGGUCUACGAAUCGGUAUCCUGCUAUAUUAGUCAACAAACCUACUACUAGGAUAACUGAAUCGUACUAACCGUCUUAGUCUUUAUUGACGUAGUUUGAACAGCAAACUUAAAUCUUAUUGAUGAGUGAGCUGUGACAGUAAUUAAAGGGGAAAUCUUUAAAUUUAGUUUUGGCGGCCCAAAUAAGUAAUUGUGUUUUUUUGUUGUUGUUUGUUUGUUUGUUUUUUUUUCAAAAAACGUAAACUGAUUCACCUCCGAGAAAUCCGUCCUCAGGGUGGAUUUCAAUUAAGAAAUCCAAAUCUCGAUUUUUUGGAUUUGCAAAACUAUUCUCGUGAACAGCGUUCUUCUUUUUACUAAUUAUGCGUGCGCAUGAAAGAUCGCUGUUCCUAAGGACAGUUUUUCAAAUCCUUUUUCGGAUUUCCCAAUCGAACGGUAAAAACAAAUAUUUCAGAUUUCGCGUUCGAUUGCAAAUCCGAAAUCCGUAUUUUAAAAUCUAAAUCCAGAUUUCCCAAUCGAACGCACCCUUAGUUGGGGGAAUACUAAAGGAUGGUCCUUUAUAGUUACACGAUAAUUUAAGAAAUUUAAUAUCCUUAACAGUUAUGCGAAACGAAUUUUUGAAAAGAACGCUAUACAUGUUGUAUUUGAAGAAAAAAAGAAUGCUCUUUAAGGCUAAAUAAGCCUUGGUGGUGAAAGCCAUGUACCAGACCGCUUUUUUAGCUCGUGAAAAAGGGCUAAAUUUGGCCAUUGGUUCAUAAGCGAUUUUGAGUCAACAACUUUGGAAAUUUCUUGGAGAUUUUCGGAUUAACACUGAACUGUGAAUGCUAUAAAACGUAUUCCAAGGACAUCGGCGCACGACCUGGCUCGCUCCUUUUGAAAAAGUCGUUUUGCAUAAGUUACAGAUCCAAGUUUCCUUACCUCUUUUAAAACUUAAUAAGAGCAUCCUUCUAUACCAUGAAAAAGGCAAAUUAAUUCAUAUUUAUGCCAUGCCCAUUUGUAAUUUGGGAAAGAUUAGUUUAAAAAGAAUUUCCCUUGUGUAGUGCCCUUGUGGAGUAAAACUGAAUGUCUUCAAUUGAGGCGACAAGUCAAUCUUGUAUAAGUAUGCGUUCGGUAAUUUCUAGAUAUGGAUGUUUUAUUGUCGUUAAUCCUUACCAUGUCCUUUGUUUUUUCUUUAGACACUGAUGACUGUUAUCCAAACCCGUGUCUAAACAACGGAACA